AUGUGUGCGCAGAAGUUGAGCAAAUCGCAGACAAUCACCCUCCGGCGGAAUCUCAUCGGGCCUUCAUGUAAAAUCUUCUUCAGCGAUGACCCCAUUAAAAUGGUGCGGGCCAGGGGUCAGUACAUGUAUGACGAGAAGGGCCGACGCUACUUGGACUGUAUCAACAACGUGGCUCAUGUGGGUCACUGCCACCCUGACGUGGUGCAGGCCGGCGCGCGUCAAAUGGGAGAGCUCAACACCAACUCGCGCUUCCUGCACGACAACUUGGUGCUGUACGCCCAGAGGCUGCAGGCCACGCUACCCAGCCAGCUGUCGGUCUUCUAUUUCGUCAAUUCUGGAUCGGAGGCCAACGACCUGGCGCUCCGCCUCGCCCGCCAGUACUCGGGUAGCGAAGAUAUCAUCACCUUGGACAACGCCUAUCACGGCCACGUGACGUCUCUUAUCGAAAUCAGCCCCUACAAGUUGCACCACCUGUCCGACGCGUCGCUGCAACCUUAUGUCCACGUGGCCCCGAGCCCGGACGUGUACCGAGGCAAAUACAAACGCGACCACCCGGAUCCGGCCAAAGCGUACGCAGACGAAGUGCGGGAUAUCAUCAAGCGAGUGCAGAGUAACGGACGCAAGAUAGCCGCGUUUAUCGCCGAGUCAUUGCAGAGUUGCGGCGGGCAGGUCAUCCCCCCCGCCGGCUACUUCCAGCAAGUGGCCGAGCACGUCCGCGAAGCGGGAGGAUUGUUCAUCGCCGACGAAGUUCAGGUGGGCUUCGGCCGAGUCGGCACUCACUUCUGGGCCUUCCAGCUGCAGGGUGACGACUUUGUCCCCGACAUCGUCACCAUGGGAAAACCCAUCGGCAACGGGCACCCAAUGUCGUGCGUGGUCACCAGCAGGAAAGUCGCUGAGGCCUUCAUGUCGUCGGGGAUGGAGUAUUUCAACACGUUCGGAGGUAACCCGGUGUCAUGCGCCAUCGGCCUGGCUGUCCUGGACGUGAUCGCCAAGGAAGACCUGCAGGGUCAAGCGUUGCGGGUCGGAGGGUACUUGACGUCCCUGCUGGAAAAGCAAAAAGAGAAACACCCUUUGAUCGGUGACAUCAGAGGUUGUGGCUUGUUCGUGGGCGUGGAACUGGUGAGGGACAGAUCAAAGCUGACCCCGGCUACCGCAGAGGCGCAAGAGGUCAUAUAUCGGUUGAAGGAACAGCUUAUUCUGCUGAGCGCCGACGGCCCGCAUCGCAACGUGCUGAAGUUCAAACCCCCCAUGUGCUUCAGCGCUGAGGACGCAGACUUUGUGGUGGACAAAAUGGAUGCCAUCUUCACAGAAAUUGAAGCAGCAACAGGUUUAAAAACUGCCAGCGUUAAAAAUGGAGACACUGACGUCAAUACAACAAAGGUGGAGCUGGAUAAACACACGUCCAAUCAUCUUUGUGAUGUCAAGGCUUCGUGA